GCCUCGGCGGCGCGGCGGCGGGCGGGGCUGGCACAGCACGCAGAGUGGCCGCAGCGACAGCAGGUGCUGGGGGCUGGUUUGGUGUUCUUCUCAGCUGCCCACAAUGGCCCCUGGGUUGCCUAGCAUGAACAGACUGGCACACUUCUGCCAAAAGCUGAACCGGCUGAAACCACUGGAGGAGUCGACCAUGGAGACAUCGCUGAGGCGCUGCCUGUCCACACUGGACCUGACCCUGCUGGGCGUGGGUGGAAUGGUAGGGUCAGGCCUGUAUGUGCUGACUGGCACCGUAGCCAAGGAGAUGGCUGGUCCUGCCGUGCUUGUGUCCUUUGGUGUGGCAGCUGUAGCCUCCCUCCUGGCAGCCCUGUGCUAUGCAGAGUUUGGGGCUCGUGUGCCCCGCACAGGCUCUGCUUAUCUGUUCACCUACGUGUCCAUGGGAGAGCUGUGGGCUUUCCUCAUCGGCUGGAAUGUACUCCUAGAGUACCUCAUUGGUGGUGCUGCUGUGGCCCGAGCCUGGAGCGGCUAUCUGGAUGCUAUCUUCAGUCACCAAAUCCGAAACUUCACAGAGGCCCACGUGGGCAUCUGGCAGGUGCCAUUCCUAGCCCGCUACCCAGACUUCCUGGCUGCUGGCAUCCUACUUUUGGCCUCUGCUUUCGUCUCCUGUGGAGCCCGUGUCUCCUCCUGGCUUAACCAUACCUUCUCUGCCAUCAGCCUGGUCGUCAUUCUCUUCAUCAUCAUCCUAGGAUUCGUCCUGGCCCGCCCAUAUAACUGGAGCUCUGAAGAGGGCGGCUUUGCUCCCUUUGGCUUUUCUGGCAUCAUGGCUGGCACCGCCACCUGCUUCUAUGCCUUUGUGGGCUUUGAUGUCAUCGCUGCCUCUAGCGAGGAGGCCCGGAACCCUCAGCGGGCCGUACCUAUGGCCAUUGCCAUCUCACUUGGCCUGGCAGCUGGUGCCUACAUCCUCGUCUCCACUGUGCUCACCCUCAUGGUGCCCUGGCACAGCCUGGACCCUGACUCGGCGCUGGCGGAUGCCUUCUACCGGCGGGGCUACAGCUGGGCUGGUUUCAUUGUGGCAGCUGGCUCCAUCUGCGCCAUGAACACUGUCCUGCUCAGCAACCUCUUCUCCCUGCCACGCAUCGUCUAUGCCAUGGCGUCCGAUGGGCUCUUCUUCCAGGUGUUUGCCCGCGUACAACCCCAGACCCAGGUGCCUGUGGUGGGCAUCCUGGUGUUUGGGGUCCUCAUGGCUUUCCUGGCACUGCUGCUGGAUCUUGAAGCACUGGUCCAGUUCCUGUCCAUUGGCACACUCCUGGCUUAUACCUUUGUGGCUGCCAGUAUUAUCGUGCUACGCUUCCAGAAGGCGCCCCCAUCCUGUUCUCCAGGCCCAUCCAGCCCUGGUCCUAUUGUCAAAGAGUACAACUCCUUCUCAGACUGCAUACAGCUGGUGGGCACGGAACAGGCCUUGGCCCCUGAGCCUGGGCAACUAAAGCCAGCCCUGAGGCCUUACCUGGGCUUCCUGGGUGCCUGCAGCCCUGGAGCUGCUGUGUCUUGGGCACUUGGCAUCCUGGUAGCCUCAGCCAUCACCCUGGGAUGUGUGCUGGUCUUUGGACACUCGUCCCUCCACCUUCCGUACUGGGGUUACACCCUAAUGCUCCUGCUCAGCACUGUUGUGUUUCUGCUCAGUCUCCUCGUCCUGGGGGCCCACCAGCAACAGCGUCGGCAAGACACCUUCCAGAUCCCCAUGGUGCCCUUGACUCCAGCCCUCAGCAUCCUCCUCAACAUCUGCCUCAUGCUGAAGCUGAGCUACCUGACCUGGCUGCGCUUCUCCAUCUGGCUGCUGCUUGGACUUGCGGUCUAUUUUGGCUAUGGCAUCUGGCACAGCAAGGAGAACCAGCGGGAGCUGCCAGGGCUGACUGCCACGCGCUACGUGGUAUUCCCCAGCGGCAGCCUGGAGGAGACGGUACAGGCUGUGCAGCCCAGCAGCCAGGCCCCAGCCCAGGAACCUGGCCUCAUGGUGCAGCCUGCCAGUCCGUGAAGCCAGCUGGGGACCUGUACACUCUUGCUCUGCCACCCCUAUUUCCUCAGGAGGCUGGAAAGGCUGGGAGCCUUUUCUCUGGGAGACAGCUUGGGUUUGUAGGCAUGUCCAUCCAUGCUGGGGGUCCUCAGGACCUUAGGACCUUAGUCAACACAUGGCGGUCUCUUUGUCCAGCAUCUUUCAGUUUAUGACUCCAGCUACCUGUGCAAGUGGGGUGAGGUUGGGGGUGGGUAGGGGAGAUCCACAAUAAUAACUGCUUGGCCUGCCAUGAGGCCUGUUGCCGUGUCCAGUCUUGCAUUCUUUGCAGUACUGAGUCUUCACAUGCCCACAGAACCAAGUAACUGUCCUCCCCAAUAAACACAUCAAGGUUCUGCGAGACAGCCCUGGGCCUGGGGCCUGGGAUCCUGACCUCAGGCCAGUCCCACCUUUUGUCAGAGGGCAGAUACAGAUGCACAGGCACAGAGGAGUCCAUGACAGGGGCAAGGGUGGGCUCACCCCUACAUCCCUGCCCCCUGGGGGUGGAUCCAGGGAGCAGAGAGUGGGCCCCAAGAAGGCUGUGGAGAAAAGCAGUGGAGUUCUGGGUUCCCUUGGUUUCCCAGAGCUCUCAGAGAGCAUGCUGUGUCCCUGAAGCCUACCCAGAGAUGUAGCAUCACAUGAACACGUGGUCCACACGGUUACCCUGGGGAAUACAGCCAGAAUGAGGCAAUAGCGCUUUCCAAGUUCCCACUCUCUUCUCUCUCUCUCUGCCUACCCCUCCAAGGCUUUGCAAUGAAGCCUCAGGAUUGAGCACAUGGGGCUGUGAGGCCUCAGUCCUUGGGAGGGUCUUCAGAUUGACCUUGUACCCCCACACCAUCUGUGGUGGCCAUAUUACAUUCAUCA